AUGUCUCUCCAGUGGAAGAACAAGUCUAAUAGUGCUGCAGCUAGGCAUUAUGUGAUAGCUGGUCCAGAAGAAACUCCAUACGAAGGAGGAUUUUAUCAUGGAAAGUUGAUUUUUCCUAAAGAAUUCCCAUUUAAACCACCAAGCAUUUAUAUGAUAACUCCUAAUGGAAGGUUUAUGACGAAUACAAAAUUGUGUUUGUCAAUAAGUGAUUAUCAUCCUGAUACAUGGAAUCCUGCUUGGACUGUUUCCACUAUUUUAACAGGAUUACUUAGCUUUAUGAUAGAAGAUACAAAGACAUUAGGAAGUAUCAAAUCUACAGCCUUUGAAAAAAAGCAGUUGGCCUACCAAAGCUUGAAAUUUAAUAUAGAAAAUAAAAUAUUCCAAGAGCUUUUUCCAGAUAUAUGUAAAGUAACAAUAGAAAAUAGAAAAGCAGUUCAAGAAAUGGAAGAAAGAAGAGAAGCAUCUCACGGAGGAGGAAUUCAAUUUCUAGAACAAAAUAAUGCCAAUGAUCGAAGCCCUUUACUCUCGGCUCUUGCUAACAUUGCAGUAAUAGUGGGCUUCACAGCUUUUGCAUUUACUGUAAAAUAUAUUUUAAAAACUGUCGCUUAUGAUUAA